UGUUGCGUGUUACACCAAGUAUAACAAAAUUUACUUGAAGAAUGCUUCAAAAUGGCCGACAAUAGUUCAGCACGUGUUAAAUUGGUUUUAGACUUAUUUCAAAUCGGUGCAUUGAAAUUUGGCAAUUUCACGCUGAAAAGCGGUAUUGAAUCUCCGGUUUACUUCGAUCUCCGCAUUAUCGUCUCGUAUCCGGCGAUUAUGCAACAAGUUGCUGAUGAAAUGUGGAAAUCGUCAGAUGGUUUAAAAUUUGAUCAGCUUUGUGGUGUUCCUUACACAGCUCUUCCCAUAUCUACGUGUAUGUCGACGAAAUAUGGCGUUCCUAUGAUGAUAAAGAGAAAAGAAGCAAAAUCAUACGGUACCAAGAAGUUAAUCGAAGGAAAGUUUGAGAAAGGCGUCAUAUGUCUGGUAAUUGAAGAUGUUGUCACCACGGGCUCCAGCGUUAUGGAGACUGCACGUGACUUGGCAAGUGUUGAUGUUGUUGUACACGACGCCAUCGUGUUGCUGGAUCGUUGUCAAGGAGGCAGGGAAAGUCUGGCUGCAAAAGGGAUAAAACUGCAUAGCGUUUUUACCAUGAAGGAGGUGUUAUCUGUUUUAGAAAAAUUUGGGAAGCUAGAACAAGAUGUGGUGAGAAAGGUGAAUGUCUUUAUUGAACAAAACAGUAAAGUAGUGCCAGUUUCCUCAGCCGUAACUCCUAAUUCAUUGACCUACGAGAAACGUGCGACAACUGUAACUAACUCAAUUGCAAAGAAGUUAUUCUCAAUUAUGGUCAAAAAGGAAUCAAAUUUAUGCUUGUCAGCUGACCUGACAUCAUCUCAAGCUAUCCUUGAUUUGAUCAGAAAAAUUGGUGAUCACAUUUGCAUGGUAAAGCUACAUGUGGACAUAAUUGAAGAUUUUAGCAUGGAGUUUAUCGUAGAUUUACAAAGGCUUUCAUUAGAACAGGAUUUUGUUAUUUUUGAAGAUAGAAAAUUUGCUGAUAUCGGAAAUACGGUAAAGUAUCAGUACGGAUCUGGGCUAUAUAGGAUCGCAGAUUGGGCCGACAUAGUUAAUGCUCAUGGAAUUCCAGGGGAAGGUGUUGUCAAGGGAUUAAAAGAAGUCGGAUCUCAAAAGGGCAGGGCUUGUCUCCUGAUUGCUCAAAUGAGCUCUGAUGGUAAUCUGGCCACUGGUUCAUACACAGAUGAAAUUGUCAAGAUGGCCGAGCAAUAUAAAGAUUUUGUUAUUGGAUUUAUAUGCACUUCACGAGUUUCAAAUAACCCUACAUUCAUCCACAUGACCCCAGGAGUGAAGUUGGAAUGUGGAACUGAUAGGUUAGGUCAACAAUAUUUAACUCCACACGAAGUAAUCACUAAGAGAGGAUGUGAUCUGAUCAUAGUGGGUCGUGGUAUAUAUGCCGCACAUGAUCCCAAUGAAGCUGCCAUAGCCUAUAAGAACGCUGGCUUUAAUGCUUACAAAGCUAGAAUAUGAUCACAUGUGUGAAUAAUUGAAUAAAUCUAUUUUUUCCUCAUAAA